GGUGUCUUUGACCACCAGCUGUAUAAGGGAAUUUCGCCACUUUCAGAGAGUCGAAGACUUGCUGAGUGCGGGUUAACUGCCGGGAGUGAGGUUUUUCUUGUGGGUCCCGGAACAAUACCCAUCUUCGUCAAGACACGGUUCAGAGAAAUGUUCCUGUGUUGCAACCCAUCCAGUAGAGUUAGUGACUUGAAGACUAGCAUCUUUGCAGAGCUGGGCAUCCCAGAACGUCGCCAGAAGCUAGUAUUCAAUCAGCGUAUCAUGUCACGAGAUACGAGAAAAAUUGAAGAUUAUGCCAUAUUCCCUGGUGCCACUGUGUACCUUGUUGUCACUCCGAAUGAGAUGGAUCUGCACGUCACCCUGCCAUCAAAGAAAAUUACAACUUUAAUUUGCUCAGGUGAUGAGAAAAUUGAAGACAUAAAGUUAAAAAUUGAGCAGAGUGAGGGAAUUCCCGUUGACUAUCAAGUUCUGCCUUUUCGUGAUGACAACGCGACACUCAGAGCAGCUAAAAUCAAACCCGGAAUGCUUCUUCACCUCACAUAUGAUUUCCAUUCCUAUGCCCAAGCUGGCCAGCUCCAGUUAAUGGACUUGUACAUACAACAGCGUCUUUCUUGCGAUCUCGUUGUGUCUCAACAAAAAGCUUUAGCUCAGACAGAGAAGCAAAGAAUGGAAAAUGAGCUUGAAGUGAUGGCAUCACUCGUUGAUAAACAGGAAAAAGAGAGAGAGGAUCGUCAAAUAAAAAUAGGGCAGCUCGAGCUGCACGUUCAGUGUCUAAAAUCCGAGUCACAGAGAAUCCAGAGCGAUCUGCAGGAAAGAUUGGAUUAUGCAUUAGCCGAACUACACAAGUGCUCGCCCAAGGCACCUCAGUUGGACAGCCUCGAUCGAUGGAGCGUGUCACGCAGUGAUGUCCGCGUCUUGGAGGAGAUUGGAAGGGGAGGUUGGGGUGUGGUAAACAGGGGGAUUUUCAGAGGAGAGGUGGUUGCUAUCAAGCAACCUCACCAGUACAUUCUCACUCAGCCACUAGUAGAUAGAAUCCGGAGGGAGACGACGGUGAUGAUGCAAAUAUGCCACCCCAACCUGGUCAGGAUUAUCGCGGUAGUGUUCGACAGAGCCGCGGAACGGCUGAGGCAGCCCCCGCUCAUUAUCACUGAGCUCCUAGACGUGAACCUCCGUCAUUGCUACCUGCAGGGAAGGCUCGAACCAGGAAACCGUGUCUCAGUAUUUCGUGACGUAGCGUACGGUCUGCGUCACCUGCACACUUGCCCAGAGCCAAUCAUCCACAGAGAUGUCAGUGCCCCUAACAUUCUUCUGAAGGCUCUGGCCAACGGAAAAUGGAUGGCUAAGGUGUCUGAUUUCGGAUCUGCGAAUCAUCUCCAACGAUCGGUGACGCCCGGCGAAGGAGCCAUCGUCUACACCGCUCCCGAAAUGUUUCCCGCGCAAUAUCCGCGACUUCCGCACACGGUAAAGAUCGACGUGUACAGUUUCGGCAUCCUGAUGUGUGAGGUGAUGACGGAGCGGCAGCCAGACCCAGAGGUGUUCGAGGAGAGGUUGGAGAAAGUGUCAGGGCCUUUGCGUGGCCUCAUUGUAAGGUGCACUGACAGAGACCCUGAGAAACGACCAACAAUGGCCGCAGUUAUCACUGAAUUGAACAUGUUGCCCUGAGUCUUAGUGUAAGUUAUACAUGCAGUUAUGUAGAAAUAGUAACAACUCUUUAAAAUAUUUACUGUAAAAUUGUGGAUGAGAGAUUAUUGAUUUGCUUUUGUACCUUACUAUUAUUAUAGUACUAAUUCGUCCCUCUAAUUUCACCUUGUGUGUAUAUAAUAUAGCUCAUUAACUCAUUAGGAGUGAAAGGUCACUCUAUGGAGGGUUGGGCUCUAAUGCUCACACCCUCAUCACGCUC